GCCAAACAAUUUCAUCGCCGAAGAAUUGUAGGAAUUUCCCCCCACUCCACGACUGCGUUCCAGAUCGAUGCUCCGUCGACCUGCCGGAGUAACGCCGCCGGUAUAUAUACGUGAAGCGCCACAACCAUUGCCGGUUAGUGAUUGUUGUUCACUUGUUAAUAACUAGUUGGCUUAUCGGUUCCUCAGUGUGUACACACAGUUUCAAACACAAACAUGCCAUCACCUUGUGGAGACUGCAAAGAUUCCUGUGGUACAACAUGCACGACCGAUGAAAAAAAGUCCUGUUGCUCCGGCGACUGCAAGUGCGGAGACGACUGCAAGUGCAGCGAGAAUAAAGAAUGCCAGUGUGGUGACAAAAAGUAAACAGUGGACCAAACACAACAUCUGUGGACUUCAUCCAGCACAUGUUCCAGAAACUUUCAUUGGUUAUGUUCCUGUUACAUUUUAUUUGAUAGCUUUAUUGUAUCCGAACAUGUUAUGUGUUCAAUAAAAUUAUAAGAUAUUGCUG